CCCAGUUCUCUAUUUUGCGCCACCGGUACAUGUUAGCACCCGCCCGCCCUAGUCGCUACGCACCCGCGCGUUGCCUACCAUUAAUUGCCAUUUUUGGAGAAAUUCAUACUCGUCUUUGGUCGUCUCAUUUUCAGACUUUUUUCCAUUCUCUGCUAUUGAAAAGUGUCUAUCCAUUCUCUGGACGGCUCUCUCUCUCAUUCUUCUCCUUCAAAAGGAGUAGCAUUUUGAAGGCAUUUGUAAAUUUGUUCCCUCUAUAGGUUUUAGUCACCCGCACACUCACACCAAGCGUGUACUGGGCGUGAGAUUCCUCCCUAUCAAGUUUACGUUUUUGAAGAUUUCUGGCAAAUCCUUGUAUAAAAAGGAGACGUAUGCUAUGUCCCAACCUCAGAAACAAGAAGAAAAAUCAGUAGAAGAGUCAAAAGGAAAUGCCGAUAUUCAAUUUUGUUGGGGCAUUAGAAAGGGGGUCCGCACUUUGUAUGAGUCAUUCACGCUUGAUGAUAUUAAAUACACACUAUAUGAUUGUGUGUAUAUGCAUCGUGAUGGUCAAGCUGAACCUGACAUUGGUAAGCUUGUAAAUAUUUGGGAGACCGAAAACUCUGAGAAGAUAGUUGAAGUCGUGUGGUUUUUUCGUCCCACUGAGAUAGCUAAUUGGUUGGGAGAUGUCAAGCCUCUUCAGAGAGAAAUUUUCUUAGCUUCUGGUCAUGGCAAAGGCCUUUCCAACCUUUCCCCUUUGGAAGCAAUUUGUGGAAAGUGCAACAUAUUGUGCACAUCUAAGCACAAAAGAAAUCCUCAGCCAACUGAUCAAGAGUUAAGAAUGGCUGAUUACAUAUUUUAUCGCACUUUUGAUGUUGGAAAGUGCAUAAUAUCUGAGAAACUUCCAAGUUUGAUAAGUGGAAUCAAAGUGGAUCGGUUCUUUAACAUGAAGAAAGAUACAAAACCUAGUCUAUCUGCUGAUUCCAAAGCAUGUUUGACCGUAAAAGGACACAUUACUCUAGAUAUUCCAGCUAGUAGACAGACUGCGAAAAAGCGGCCUUAUGCUGCAACUACAGUGAAGAAUUCUGAAACAGUCUUGCCUGCGAGUACAUAUGCUGAUCCAUUGAAGAAAAGGAAGCUUCCAGUCCCUCUAGCUGAAGGUCCAAGAUAUGCUGCACAUGCUUUUCCUCCAUCCAGAGAUGUUGGACAUGAGAAACAUUUGUGUGCCAAUGACUCUGGCAUGAGGAAAAAUGCGUUUACUGGAGGGAUUUUGGACGACAAAGCAAGAAAGUCCGCUGAGAAAGGAGUUGGUAAUAUACAGCAUAUAGACCCAACAAUCAAUUACAAGUACAUCGAAGUUGCAAGAAAGCCUGGUAUGGAUUCGAGUAAAUGGCUGAAGCUGGAGAUUUGGGAUGAGGAAAGGUUAUGUGAAAUGAAUGAAAAGGGAACCCUGAUCUUGUUAGAAAACCUUGACCCAACAUUCACAUCUGCAGAAGUGGAGGAUAUCAUUUGGUAUGCCUUCGAGAAAAAAAUUAAGGCCAAGAUGGUACAGCAGACCACAUUUUCCAAUCCCCACUAUGGUCAAGCAUUUGUAAUUUUAAAAACAAAAGAAGAAGCAGAUUAUGUCCUCUCUCGGUUAACCAAUGGAAGUCUUGUGCUAGGCGAUGGAAGGCCAAUUGUCGGCCGAAGAAGGCUCCUCAGCAAGGCUGGACUUUCAGGUGGAUUUUCUGGUCAUCUUACCGUUGACAGGACCAGACCUCGGAGACAACGUGAAGCCAUAAGAAAUGCAGUGGCAACGUCUCACUUCUCUCAGUCUAAUACAAUCGAGCAUUUACUGGCAUUGCAAUGGUGUCUUCUUCACGAAAAAUCAAAGCUGUGGUGGGGAGCCUUGCAUGAGGAACAAGGAAAAGAAAUUGAAGCUUCGCUGAGGCAGAUGAAAGUCUAUGACAUGAAUACACAAGGAUUGACUCGUGACUAACAUCUAGAAGAAAGUUCCUUCUUUGAAAUCUUCACGUUGUUGAUUGUUGAUAGCAGAACUGAUAUCAUUGUUUUAGUUUUCAAAUGAUUCAGAACUGCCUUCUUUGCCAUCCGGAAGCGGCUAUUUUUGUAGUCCUUACAUAUGAAAAGAAUAGGAGGUGUACUAUUUUUGGACAGCAUACGAGGUAACACCCCUGGAAAGUGUGUGUAGACAUGGAGCAGUAAAAUAUAGAUAUUUCCACUUAAUCCAUUCGCAUGUCAAGUGGGUUGUGCAAUUGGGAGGAUGACCGGUUACUCACUGGUGGUGAAAAAACUAUAAAUUGUGAUGAAAGUAGCAUGUGAUCUUGAUGCACUUAUGUUUGGUUUGCA